CUCCUCGCCGUGUUGCUCCCGGCCUGCUAUGCAAGUCAGCAAGAGUGAAAUCGAGCUGAUGAUUUGGCGGAUCUGCGAAUGGUGGCGGUGUGAUUGAGCCUCGGCCUCGUUUGUCAACGCACAAGCUGGCAUGACGACGUUCAGGCAUCCUCUCCCCUUUCCCAUGACACUCGCUGUGGCCGCGCUGGCCUCCGCCGCCCAUGCACUGAUGAGGCCGCCAACAGCCACGACGACCACACGUGCUGCAUUCACCCCGCCGUCCCAUCUGUUGACGCCAACACGGCUGAGCGCACUCCGCCGCCCACAAAGCGUUCAUCGCAGCAGCGAGCAGACUGUAGAGGCCGUCGGUGUCACCACCAGCACCACUACUACCAGCAGCAGUAGGGAUGGCGCCAUUCCGUGGAUGAGUGCGGGUGAGAUCCGGCGGCUGUUUCUGGAGUAUUUCCAGAACGAGGGCCACGAGGUGGUGGCGAGCAGCACACUGGUGCCCAAGGACGACCCCACACUGCUCUUCACGAACGCAGGUAUGCAGCCAGGUGGGCAGGGCAUGAGAGCAUCACACACACCGCGUGUGGAUGGCCGGCUUGUAUUCGUGUGUGUGUGUGUCAGGAAUGGUUCAGUUCAAGGAUGUGUUCUUGGGUGGGGAUGUGCGGAGCUACAAGCGGGCCGCCAGCAGCCAGAAGUGUGUGAGAGCGGGGGGCAAGCACAACGACCUUGACAACGUCGGAUACACUGCCAGGUAGCCAGUCCGUCACUGGGAGAUCAUAGGAGAAUCGCCGUCACAUCUCCCCACUCUCUCUCUCUCUCUCUCUCUCUCUCUCUCCCUCCGUCUGUCUGUCUGUCUGUCUGUCUGUCAUUCAUGAGUGCAGGCAUCACACGUUUUUCGAGAUGCUGGGCAAUUUCUCGUUCGGCAGCUACUUCAAGCGUGAGGCCAUCCGGUACGCAUGGCGGUUCCUCACAGAGGUCCUCCGCCUCCCAAAGGACCGACUGUGGGUCACCGUGUUUGAGGACGACCAGCAGGCCGAAGACAUCUGGCUCAAGGAGGUGCUUAAGCACGUGUGUGUGCAUGAACGCAUAAAAUGCAUCCGUGUGCGGCAGGUGGGCGUGUCGCCAUCUCGGCUCGCUCGUUGUGGGGCCAAGGACAACUUCUGGUCGAUGGGCGACACCGGCCCCUGUGGGCCGUGCUCAGAGAUAUUCUUCGACCACGGCGAGACUGUCGAGGGCGGACCCCCAGGCAGCCCAGAAGAGGAUGGCGACAGGUGGGUACACGGACACUCACACAUGCACGCCGUCCGUGUGCUGCGAGCGAUCUGUGUUUGCGUUGUGUGUAGGUAUGUUGAGGUGUGGAACAUCGUGUUUAUGGAGUACAACAGGGGUCAGGACGGGACGCUCACGCCGCUGCCUUCGCCGUCCGUCGACACCGGCAUGGGCCUCGAACGAAUCGCUGCCGUCAUGCAGGCAAGAAAAUCAAAGCAACCAUCGAACGAACGGGUGAAGGCACGAACGAUCACUGUCUCUGUCUCUGUGUGUGUGUGUGUGUGUGCGUGUCAGGGAGUGCAUUCCAACUACGACACAGACAUCUUCAGACACCUCACCGAAGCGGCCUCCCGCGCUCUCGGCAUCCCCCACCCAUCGCCACACACAUCCCACCACCAGCAGCAUCACGCGAGCAGCUCGCUCAACGUGAUCGCCGACCACAUUCGGUCGACCGUCUUCCUCAUAGCCGAGGGCGUGGUGCCGCAGAACGUCGGCAGGGGGUACGUGCUGCGGCGCGUCAUGCGCCGGGCCAUCCGACACGGCUUCCAGCUCACCGGCAGCAAGGAGCCCUUCUUUCACCGACUUGUGCAGAGUGUGGUCGACGUCAUGGGCGAGGCCUACCCCUCUCUGCACGCCAAGCAGCACGACAUCGAGAAGGUCAUCAAGGCGGAGGAACACAGCUUCGCCAAGACGCUCGACACGGGCAUGAAGCUCCUUGACGACACGCUCAGGCAAAUGGAGGUCGGUCAGUCAGUCAGUCAGUCCCCCACCCACAUACACACAGAGAUAUGUUGCAGACACGCGCAGACAGAGGGCCGAUUUCCGUGUGCUGUGUGUGUUCUCUCUGUGUUCGGACAAGCAGUCGGAUGGCGUUGCGCAGGUGCCCGGUGAGGCGGUCUUCCGUCUUUAUGACACGUAUGGCUUCCCCGUCGACCUCACGGCCGACAUUGCGCGCGAGAAGGGCCUCACCAUCGACACACAAGGCUUCGACCAAUGCAUGCAGGUGCGCAUGCGACACAAGCAUACGGCAUCCCUUUGUGUGUGUCCGUCUGUCGUGGUGUGUCAGCGUCAACGGGAGCUCUCCAAGACGGCCAACAAGUUCUCAGCAGCGACUGAGCUGCUGCCUUCGUCAGCCGUCGCCUCAUCCGUCGCCGACACACAUACGGCCUUCACGGGCUAUGACCUUCUCGAGGGCGAUGCUCAAAUCGCCGCGCUCUUCGCCGCCGAUGGCUCACCCACAGACGCCCUCUCGCCGGGCCAGAAUGGCACUGUGGUGCUGUCCGAGACGCCCUUCUACGCAGAGGCAGGCGGCCAGAUCGGUGACCAGGGGGUGUUGCGCUCGCCAUCGACUGGCGGCGGCGAGCUGCUGUUCCAUGUGGUGGACACGCAGAAGCGCGGUGAUGUUUACCUGCACAUCGGCGUGUGUGAGGAGGGCCAUCUGGAGGUGGGGGGGGAGGUCUACGCGACGGUCGACGGCGAAAGGAGACAGCGGAUUGUGUUGAAUCACUCGGCUACCCACCUGCUGCACGCGGCGUUAAGGAGGAUUCUCGGAGACCACGUUGAGCAGCGGGGGUCUCACGUGAGCGACCAACGGCUCCGCUUCGACUUCACACACGACGCCCCGAUCACGACCGAGCAGCUCGCGGCCGUUGAGGCCUCGGUCAAUGGCGCGAUCCGGGGCAAUUAUGAGGUCCUCACAGAGGAGCUACCAUACGCCGCUGCACAGCAGGCCGGCGCGCUUGGGCUGUUCGAGGCCAAGUACGGCGAGACGGUGCGGGUGCUGUCGAUGGGCGACUACUCGAAGGAGCUGUGUGGGGGCACACACGCGUCACGCACAGGCGACAUCGGCGUCAUGAAGAUCGUUUCGGAGAGCAGCAUACAGACGGGGGUGCGGCGGGUCGAGGCUGUGACGGGCCCUGAGGCUCUUCGUGUGAUCCAGGAGGAGAGCCGGGCGCUGCAGCACAUCUGCAGCGCAUUCAAGACCAACACUGCGAACGCACCGGCGGCAUGCAUGGACCUGCAAGUGAGCGACGGGUGGGGGACCCACACACACUCUCACCGACACGUCUUUUGUGUGUGAGUGUGUGUGAGUGUGUGUGUAGGAGAGGAGCAGGUCGCUUGAGAGGGAGCUGGCCCAAGUCAAGCUGAAGCUGGCCGAGUCGGCGGCGUCAGAGGCCCUCAGCGCCGCCACACUUAUCGGAGACCUCUCAGUACUCGUCGCCCGGAUGCCGGACGGUAUGCACGUGACACACCAACACAGACAGACAGACAGACAGACAGAUAUAGGCGUGAUGGCUGUCUGUUUCUCAGGUAUGUAUGACGGCAAGACGCUGCGCUCCUCUGUGGAGUCUCUGCACGAGAAGCAGCUGCAGGCGGCUGACGGAAGCAACAGCAACGCACAGGGCGCCGUCACUCUGCUCGCAGCGGCCGACCCCUCACAAGACAAGGCAAGCCAAGCCAACAAACCCCACAGACCGACAUCUCCUGACCUCCCUCUGCCCCUCUGUGUGUGUGGCCACGCAGGUGAGCAUCGUGUGUGCGUCUUCGGUGCCCAAGAGGGUCAACGCGUCCAACAUGGUCAAGCUGGUGGCCGAGCGGUGCGGGGGCAAAGGGGGCGGGCGGCCUGAGAUGGCGCAAGGGGGCGGCACGGACAUCACACACAUCGACGGGGCGCUUGAGGACGCCAGAAGGAGCAUAGAGAAGACUGUAAUGAUGCAAGCGGGGGUUGAGGAAGUGGCGGGCUAGGGAGGGAGGCAGGCAGGCAGGCAGGCCGUGUGGAUGUCAUGUAUGUCAUGUCUGUGUGAUGUGAUGCUGUAAUAAUGAGGAAAGCCCUCACGCGAGCGGACUGCUGAGCUUCUCCGACCGAGUGGAUACACAUUUAUGUGAGCAUGUGUCUUGACGGACGGACAUACGGACAUCGCCCAUACAUUCA